AUGAUCGAUUAUUAUGGCAAGGAAGAAGAGGACAAUUUCAAACAAAACAACAAUCAUCAACACAUGCAACAACAGCUGGAUCUGUCCCACUUCAAUCAAAUGUUGCAACCACCGUCCGAUUUGUUACUGAACAAUCAACUGACUGACAACUCCUUUUCCUCUUAUCACUGCGACUCUGAUAGUAUUUUGAAUGAUAAUGCACUUAUUGAUUGGAACAACAAUAGUACGGAAUGGGAAACCAUCAAUCAGCAAGUGCAACAAGAACAAUUUCCACUUUAUGAAUCUGAAAGCUCAGGGCAGCACCAAAUACUACAGGAUCAAGGCAAAUCAAAUACUUCAAGGCCAUCCCACGUAAACGUAAAAGAAGAAUCUGUAGCUGAGCCGAAGAAACCUGAAAAAGAAAAGGAAAAAGAAUGGAUGAUGCAUCAACAGCAGCAGCAGCAGCAAGAAUCACAGCAGCAAUCUAAUUUGACAAUCAUGUUCGAGCCCAUCAAUUCAACUCUACAACUACAGGUGAAAGCUCUAACCAAUAAUAAAGUGGCUGAGUUGCCGAGUGUCAAAAAGCAACAGAAACGUAACGUAAAUCGUCGUCAACAAGCUUUGGCUAAGCCCGGUACUACUACGACUACCACCAAUUCAGUUAACAGCAGCUCCAUCAAUGAUCAUAAGGCAGGAUGUAGCAAUGGCGGUGAUAAAAAAGAAGAUACGAAUAAAAUUGAUCAUCAGCGUCGUUUUAACGAACUUCAAGCUCGAUUCAGGGUCAAUUAUGCACGAAAAUCAACCACGCAAAAUACAUCGCAUACGGCAAAAUCAGUCGCCAAUACACAUAAAUCAAAACCCUCGACGCUAGGAAUUAUGAACAGCGAAAAAACAAUAGAUGAUCAAACCAACAAAUUAUCUCCUCAAAUACCAGUCGCUCAACAACGGCCAACAACUACCAGUAGCAGCGUAACAUCCAUGCCUAUGAAUGGUAUCAUAGUCAAUACGAGCAAUACCAUUGCCAAGUCUGGUUAUGAAAAUAGCACUACACAUAUCUCAGUAAAUACCGUUAAUAAACGUCCUAUUUCAAAAGAAUAUAGCUUCUCUACCUCGUCUACAUCAUCCUUUCCUUCACGAACGAUGCCCAUCCAAAUUCAACGCGUUUCUCGACCGUCCCUAUCGUCCACAGCAUCGCUCACGUCAUCUACAACGCAAGAUGCUGAAGCUCAUCAAAAAUUGCUCGAUAAACAAUUGGACAAAGUGGACUUUGACGAUAUAACAGUGGCAGAGUUGAAGGAACUAUUAAGACAAAGAGGCAAGCCAGCUACAGGUAAAAAGGCUGCCUUACUCCAACGAUUGCAAGUAGAGAGAGAACUAGUCAAAGCAGGAGCCAAGGCUUCUGCAAAAAGUCCUAAUAUCAACGUGAGCAGUCGUGUUGCAAAUCGUCACUCACAACCUCUGCCUCAUUCAAGGUCAUAUAAUACUAAUAGUAAUGGCAGCAGUGAUGGGAAUACAUCAAUACAACAACAGCAACAACAAAGACCCCUAUCGUUUCAAGGUGUCCUUACCACGUCGUCUUCAAUACCGGUUUCAAUACAGAAUAGCAACAGUAACAAUAGUCAUCCAUUACAAGCUGGUCAGUCUACUGGCUCAAACUAUGCUCAUCCGCCUAUUUCUCCAGGAGGACAAUUAUAUCGAUCUAUUGCUAACUUACAUAUUGAAUCUCCACCAAUGAACAGCUCUUCGUCAAGGAGAUAUUCACCUUACUCACCUCGACUCAGUAGUUCCCCGAAAACGGUGUAUCAUCUCAGUCCUGAACAUGCUUAUUCAUCGUCAGUCCCGACACAAUCUUCUUUACCAAACGUUAGUACCGGUUAUCAGAACACAAACGACAGUAGCCUUAACACGACUCUUUCCUCGUCUUAUUCAAUUGCAGCAGGAGCGUCGGCGGCAACAACAACUAGGCCCAUCAAUCGAUUUUAUAAUGGUCAUCAGAAAUCGUAUAAACCUUUCACGUCAUCUGCCUUAGCAACACCAGAUCGUGAUGACGAUGUGAAUCCAUUUGAUGCAUACUAUAUGAAUAGAACAGCCACAAGUGACUCCCACCAACUGUCUAUCGAAGAAAAGGGAGAAGAAGCGCCAGCACCAGCACUUGCGGGAGCACCAGCAAAUUUCACUAAUCCUAUUUACGCCACUGCUAAUUUAUACCAUAAUGAUGGCUUUGCUACUGCUGUCGGUGGGCAUCACAGGGCGUCGCUUGACAUAAAUUUAAAUCUAAGCAACAAUAAUAACAAUCUAAACGAUGAUAUGGAUUGGUCUGAGCCUGCCAUACUCGAUCUAUUAUUACAACAAGGUACCAUCAAUAUGAGCAUGGCAGAAAUGAUUGGACAACCAUUGUAUAGUGAUGAUGUUGUGCUUACAAAUGAACAAAUCAUGGCACUAUUGCAAAGCCAGCAACAGGCUCAACCUUUUGAAUUUAAUUUGCAAAAUACAAAUUUUAGUCCUAGUCAACCAUUGUAUCAGUUACAACAACAAUAUCUUCAGAACCAGCAGCAGCAGAAGCAUUGA